ACGAGCUACAGAUGUGCUCAGCUCAUACCUCAUCCCAAAUAAACUUACCAACCAUCCAGGUCGAGUCAGAUCUUUCUAGUUUGAGCAAUCAAAGCGAUUCAGACAUAAAAGAGAAUACUGAAUCUAUUGACUCUCAAGUUUCCUCAGAGAUCUCCAAGAACAGCCCAGAUGCCACAUCAGCAGAACAGACUCCUGCAGUGGAGGAUGAACAACAGACAGAUGCAGAAAUGCUUCAAGAGGAUGAGAUUGUGGACGGCAGCAAUGAUUCGGGUGAGGGGAUUGAUGCUGAGUCCAAGAGAUCACCUUUAUCUGAGGAUCAAGCCAGGACUGGACAAUCAGAUGAGGGGGAGGGGCUUGUACCUGUCAGUCAUUUCCCCGAAGACACAGGUAAUGAUAACGUGGACCUAAAAUAUUGUAUUACUCAUCAGCUGGAUCCGACCAGUGACAUUAGUGAUGCAGAAGUAGGAGAAGAGGCUAUAUCACUCCUAGCCAGUGACACAGAUACAGAGCAAAACUUAAAAUACGAUUCUGAACCUGACCAAGUGAUUAAAGACAUUAAACAUGAAAUUCUGCAGAACUGCAAAAUUAUCGCGGAAACACCCAACAGCAGGAGGAAUGAUAACAGAGCCAAUGAAAAAUGAAGAUUGGUAGGUGAGGCAUCAUGGGAACUCAUUAUCAUAGAGGAGUCCAUUUGGAGAAAUACGACCAAAAGAUGUUUCUCUUAACCAAUCACUGAAGGUCUUUCAGUGAUUUUCUUGAGUUUAUUCUCAUAUGUGCACAAUAAUGCCCAAUAUAUGUAAGUAGCACACAUUCAAGACAUUUGUGUCCACAAAUGCACUCAAUAUACAUUAGGCUCCAAAUAUUUGAGACCACACUGAAAAUUGGAAACAUGUAUACGUUUAAAAAACAUCUUAAGAAUAUAAAAGAGAAAAAUGUUAUGAUGUAAUAUAAAGA